GCUGGACAACGUGGCAGCUGGGUUUUAGAUGAGGGGAGCCCUUCUGCUGAAUAAGGUCAAUUCUUGGUCGGCAUCAGCCAUCCCCACCCCUGUCCACGAAGAAGAACCUCCGUGCGAGCAAAUGACCGAAGACCUUUUGCCGCAUAAUUUUCUGGGAAGUGUAGUUUUGUGGUUCGGACGCAAUGGUCCUUACAGCAGUAGAGGGUAGCAGAGUUCACCGGAGGUUAAAUUUUUGUUUUCUCCUGACUCCGCCAGAGUCUCCGGGAGCCACUCAGCAACUAGAGCUUCCGGCUGGGUAGUCUCGCAGAAAGUCCAGGCUGAGACCACGUGGGGCCGCAGUAACUGCUGGGAAGUGUAGUUUUGCUGGCGGUGACAGAGAGAGGCUCUGGUAACUAGUGUCCCUGACUUGGGGAGCCUGAGAUCUGCCGCUGUUCCGUGGAGUAAUCCUGGGCCAGGCGGAGUUCUCCGUCCUGAAAGCUGAGAAGACUCUCGGCAGUGCAGUUCCCGUAAGGGGGGCGCCCAUUGUCCACUCACAGCUACCCGGCGCAUCGGGCAGGCGGAUUUGGGGUUGCUUGGGUGCCGGGAGGACGGCCCGUGGGCCUCAGGCUAAUGGCACUGCAUGCUGGGCACGGCCCGACACCUUGCUGUGCUCGAAGUCUUCUCCUUGGUGUGAAUUGUGGAAAGUCCCCUCCUGUUAGACAAGAGCCUGGAAAGAGGACUGUGUUGACUAUUGGAAAUUGCAAAGUCAUGUUCCAGGUAACGUUUAGUGAUGUGGCCAUAGACUUCUCUUAUGAAGAGUGGGAAUGGCUAGAUUCUGCUCAGAGGAAUUUAUACAAGGAUGUGAUGGUCCAGAACUAUGAGAACCUGGUCUCUCUAGCAGGCCUUUUCAUACCUAAGCCAUAUGUGAUCACUUUAUUAGAGGAUGGGAAAGAACCUUGGAUAGUGGAGAAAAACCUGACAAAAGAUAUGUUUUCAGAUUGGAAAUUAAGAUGGGAAAAUGAAGAAUUAUCAACGAAGGAGAAUGUUUAUGGUGAUGAUUCAACCCAAAUGAGAAUUUCUGCUGAAGGGAAAUCACAUGAACAUGACAUGUUUAUGAAGAACUUAACAAAAAAGUCAUGUAUAAAAAAUGAGAAUAUCAGUGGUGGAAAGAAACUUUUGAAUUCUAAUUUAAGUGUGGCAGCCUUCAGCCAGAGCAAAUCUCUUAUCCUUCACCAGACUUACAAUAGAGAGAAAGUCUAUACAUGCGGUGAAUGUGGGAAAGCCUUUGGCAAACAAUCAAUUCUUAAUCGCCACUGGAGAAUUCAUACAGGAGAGAAACCUUAUGAAUGUCAUGAAUGUGGGAAGACUUUUAGCCACGGCUCAUCCCUUACUCGACAUCAGAUAAGCCAUAGUGGUGAGAAACCUUACAAGUGUAUUGAAUGUGGGAAGGCCUUUAGCCAUGUCUCAUCACUUACUAACCAUCAAAGCACUCACACUGGAGAGAAACCAUAUGAAUGUAUGAACUGUGGAAAGUCUUUCAGUCGUGUUUCACAUCUCAUUGAGCAUCUGAGAAUUCAUACUCAAGAAAAACUCUAUGAGUGUCGAAUAUGUGAGAAGGCCUUCAUUCAUAGGUCAUCUCUUAUUCACCACCAGAAAAUUCAUACUGGAGAGAAACCUUACAAAUGCAGUGAAUGUGGUAAAGCCUUUUGCUGUAGCUCACACCUUACUCGACAUCAAAGAAUUCAUGCUAUAGAGAAACAGUUUGAAUGCAACAAAUGUCUGAAAAUCUUUAGUAGCCUCUCAUUUCUUAUUCAGCAUCAGAGUAUUCAUACUGAAGAAAAACCCUUUGAAUGUCAAAAAUGCAGGAAAUCCUUCAACCAGCCUGAAUCACUGAAUAUGCAUAUGAGAAAUCACACUAGAUUGAAACCUUAUGAAUGCAGUAUAUGUGGGAAAGCAUUUAGUCACAGGUCAUCCUUGCUUCAACAUCACAGAAUUCAUACUGGAGAGAAACCAUAUGAAUGUAUUAAAUGUGGAAAGACCUUCAGUUGUAGUUCAAACCUUACUGUACAUCAGAGAAUUCAUACUGGAGAAAAGCCAUAUAAAUGUAAUAUAUGUGGGAAAGCUUUUAGCAAAGGCUCAAAUCUUACUGCCCAUCAGAGAAUACAUAAUGGAGAGAAAUUCAACAGUGCCAUAAGUGUGGAAGAAUCUUUAGGUUAUAUGAAUCACUAUAUGUGUGAAAAAUCAUGCAAAAGAGAAAGUGUAUGAAUGCAGCAUUUGUUGUAAUACAAGUCAGCCACCAAUCCUCCCUGAUUCAGAAUCAGAAGAUUUAUAUUGGAGAAAAGUCUUAUGAAUGUAAUGACUAUGGGGAGGUCUUUAGCAAUGGAACAAGCCUUAUUGUUCAGAGCUCACACUGUGGAGAGACCAAAUGAAGGCAAUAAAUGUGAGAAUGCCUUUAGCCAGUAUUAAUCCCUUAAUUGACACAAGUGAAUCACACUGUACUUAAUGAUAUAUAUAUAUAUAUCAUUAUGUACAUGAUAUGUAAUGAUAUAUAUCCACACACAUAUAUAUAUAUAACAAUAAAACAAAUUGUGAAAGACAUUAGGCAAUAUGAAUUUCUUAUAAAAGCAUACAAACAAAGCUUAUGUAUGAAAUUUAGCAAAGUGUUCACUAAGUUCUUAUUUUCCUAGACAUGUAAUGUCUAGAGAAACCUGAUAUUUUGAUGCUAGAACUACUUGAAGGAUGUAGGAAUUAUGCAUAAAUCUUUACAAUGAAGCUAUUUAUAAAUACUUUUACAGGAGAGCAAGCAAAAAAGCAUAUUAUAAAUAAAUAUGCAUUUCUUAUAGCAGUAGCUUGCAAUUUUACUUGAGUCCUACAUAGAAAUUUGGUCAUCAAAUGAAUUGAGUAAAUGUUACAAAGUUGCAAAUUAAAGCUGCAAAGAAGUAAAAAGUGGUGUGAAUAAAAUUCUUGGUCUCUAAUAAAAUCACUUGUAUAUAAUA